AGAUAUUUUAGUUGUAUGAGAUUGACGAACUGUUGUACACUGUAAACCUAUAUUUCGUUUACAUAAUAUACGUCAGUCAUAAAUCAAUAUCAUAAAUAACAGGCAACCACACGUUUCUCUGCAUUAAUUUGUUCUAAUUUUGGAAUUAGGAAUGUUUGAUAAUGUAUCGUGGGUUUAAAAAUAUAUGUGACUUAUUGUUGGUGAAGUGGAAGGCAUACGAGUAUUUCCAACUAUAUAUAAAUCACAGAUUUCUUUUUUACAUAUGUAAAUGGUAAUAAUCGUAGUGGUGGGAAAUUAGUAAAGUAGUUUAUAACAGAAUGAUUAGACUGCUACUUGCUUCAUUGCACACAUAUGUAUUUAAGAAAUGGAGGAAGAAAAUAAGGGAAAUUUGAACAAGUUUAAUAUUGUUAACAUUGGUCAGCCUUAAAUUUUGGUUCGUUGCUGUUUAUAUUUUCUCUCCAGAAAUGUUGUUGUAUUUUAUUUUCUUCAUCACUCAGUACAGAAGAAAUGGACAAUUCUACAAACACACACACAAACUUUCAGUAACAGUAAGAAUGAAGACUGCAUUUACGUGUACUGAUGUUUCUAAAAAAACAACUAAGCUCAAUACCAAGAUUUAUGAAAAUACAGGCACUUGGUAAGAAAGAAAUAGUGAUUUAAGAUUUUUUCGAAGUAAAGAACUCAAAGACUGACUUACUACACGAUAAUUGUUCAAUAAUAAGGUAUAUUUGAGAAUAUGAAAUGUGAAUAAGACUAGAAUGAGAGUAUAAUAAAAAACAAUAAAGGAGAUUCAUUGACAAAAAGUUACUAUAAGAUAUGUGAAUCAAUCAAUCUAUCUAAUAACAAUGGAAUUUAUGAUUGUCAUCCUUUCAAAUGAUGCAUACAUCUAUACGACUACUGAUGAUAAUAAUAAUAAUGAGGCAUACAGUAUCAUACAGAAAAGUAGUGAACGGGGAGUCAUUAAUAAUAAUAAUAAUAAUAAUAAUAAUAAUAAUAAUAAUAAUAAUAAUAAUAAUAAUAAUAAUAAUAAUAAUAAUAACAAUAGUAACAAUAAUAGAUAUUAA